AUGUCGCAAGACGAACCAAUGGCGGCGGUAAUGGACUCCACCUUUGAAUACCUCCAGGUGCAAACCCCCCAGCUGCACCCCUCCAAUCCAGACGACGGCACUAGCCAUGCCAGUUCCUCACGUUCCUUCGGCCAAGGCGGUUCUGUCUCAAACUCAACCUUAGUCUCGACAUCAUUGGGCAUCUCGGACCCUUCGUUACUGCCCUCUCCGAGGUCGUCGUUUGACUUCACAUGGGCACCGGGGCUUCACACAGCGAGACCAUCGCGGCUCGGUGCCAGGCCACCUCGGUCUUUCAGUUCGGGUAGUUCGCCAUCGACCUGCAAGUCGUCGUUUCACAGUCACGGCACACGGCAGCGUCAGUCGGUGGGACAUCGACGUGGGACUAGCACAUUGAACCUUUCUUGUGCGACGACCGGCUCUCCGUCUUCCUCAAUCUCGAACCCUUGCAACUCGUCGCCGGUCCCCAACGCCAUUGACACUGCAGCUUGGCCUACCGCUCAGCUGGGCACCAGCUCCAACUCCAGUCCUACUGGCGCCAACUUUGUCAUUUCGGCGUCGUCGUCGCCGACCAGAUUAUCACCCAGAACGACAAAGCAGCCGCCGCCGCCGCCGCCGCCGCCGCCGCCCGGCAGGAUGCCUCCGUCCAGACCAGCUAAACGGUCAGCCGAUGGCGGCGGAAUCAGCGACGACGACACUGCUGCCCUCGGCGGCGGGAAAUCGAAACAAGCCAGAUCCGACCGCGGGCCUGAGGACUUCUCCUCCGUCGUCAAGAAUCGCCUUCAGUCGUAUUCCCGCACCGGCCAAGCUUGCGACAGAUGCAAGGUCAGAAAGAUUCGAUGCGAUGCCCUGGCCGAGGGCUGCUCGCACUGCAUCAACUUGAACCUCGAGUGUUACGUCACGGACCGCGUGACUGGACGCACGGAACGUAGAGGCUACCUGCAACAAUUGGAGCGGGAGAAGAACAGCAUGCUCACACAUAUCCGAGAUCUCGAGCGACUCUGCGCCGAGAGAGGAGUCCAAGUUAAACCCUGGCAACAAACUGCCCCUUCCGCGCAGUCCCCUUCAGAACCCGGUGCCGGUGAGCUGCCAGGUUCGACCUGUGGAGGCUCAAAGUUGACGGACGGUUGGUCGCGAUAUGGAGCUUUGUGGAUUAAAUAUGCGUCAACUUCGCAACCAGCAGACGCCACCAUUAGGCCCAGAAUUCCGCAAAGGGAGUGGCAAUCCCGUCCUGAUCAGAUCUGCUGGGGCGUCGUGGGUGACGACGCCCCCUUCAGUUCCCUCAAAGGCACAACCCUCACCCUUCUAGGUACCACAAUUGAAACUACCUCAUUUGAUGCUCCAGACAUUGAUGAGCCGGCGGCUGGUGUUGACUCCUCAAUGCCCUUGUACAACAAAUCCAUGCUGGCUUUCCUGCGAUCCUCCAUGGGCGUGAACCCUGUCGUUCAGGCUGAGCUGCCCUCCCGUGAAAAUGCCUUCAUGUACGCUGAGUGGUACUUUAUUUCCGUCGCCUGCUUCCUCCCGUUGCUGCACAAGCCGACCUUUUUCAAACUGUUGACCAGAAUUUAUGACGAACCCGACUUUAAGCCGACGGUAUCUCAGACAGUAGUGGUGCACAUGGUAUUCGCAAACAUCCUGUUCCAAUUUGCAGUGCGAAAUAGCCAAACCUUGGAGCAGCGCAACACCUUCAACGACAUUUCUAACAAGCAUUAUCAUUUCGCUCUCAGCAAAAUGUAUGAUAUACUUUCUACCCCGGGCUUUGAAGCGUUGCAAGCCCUCAUCCUCAUGGCCUCCCACGCCAGAGCGUUUCCUAAACCAGGAUGUGGAUCAAUCUCGGUCAAUAUAGCUUUGCAUCGGGCACUCGAAUUGGGCCUCAAUCGCAGGACGAAGAAUGCGGGUGAGCCAACUGACCUGCAAAACGAGCUGCGCAAACGAGCAUGGUGGUGCAUCAUGACUGUCGUUGUCGCCAUCUAUGGCAAACGAGGCUACCCGAUGCCGGUUUCCGUCCAGGACUUUGAUGUGGAUUUUCUGGAGCCUGUUGCCGAUGAACUGCUCUCUGAUGAUGGUGUCGAUAGAUCGAGGACACUACCUUGUCCUUAUGAAAUGGCAAUCUGCGGCCACAAGAUUAUACCCACUGUCAUGGAAAUGUAUGCAAACCUGUACAGCGUUCGGAGAGAUCAGAGCAACUACAAGACUGUUGUUGCUGCUCUAGAGUCCCAGGUAGAACAAUGGGAGGCUCAGCUUCCGGAUUCGAUGCGGCUCAAAGGUCACAAAGCGCUCGACCCGGGAAUGGUCGGACCCCUGUUCGCCCGAUGCUGCUUACUCGAACUACGCCUGCACAUACGACAUCCAUCUUUGGCCAUGACGAAUGAUAGGGCCAUGAUUGCGGAAAAUACUCGAAUCUGCGAAGAAAUGGCCCGGGAAUACCUCCAAACCGUCGAGCUCCUGAGCAAGAUGAAAGCACUGGACACAACGUGGUAUCAACUUUCGUAUUACUGCGUUGCCAUCCUGUCCAUGUUGUUCCCGCGAUGGGAGAGAAGGUUCGAAAUUACGCAAGAAGAAAUCGCAACACUUAGAGGAGAGAUGGAUCGAUGGAUGGACAUUAUCAAGGAGAUGAGUUCGCUGCUAGGAUGCGGUAUGGGCAUAGGCAAACAAAUUUCCCAGCUGAUUGAUCGAACGAUGGCUUGGAUCGAGUACGACAUGAAGAACAAGAACAUGAAGCAUUCCUCCCAAGGACCAGCAGACUUUAAGCAAGAGCAGAGCCAGCUGUUGCAGUCGGCCUUACCGCAGCCAGGGCCGGGACGACAAGCACUGAACCAAUCAUCAUCCUAUCCCACUGCUCCCGGCCAACAUGCGCCCAUUUCUUCAGCAGGGUCCUCGCACAGAGAUGGUCAAGCCGAGGCCUUCUACCAGACAGGCGCUUCCAAUAAUAGCUCACAGGCUGCAUUCACUUCAGUGGCGUAUGUCAAUCAGCAAACCCCGGCGACGGCCCAUGCUGCAGUGCCUUAUCAACACGAGCAGCCUGGGCUAUUCUACCCCCCCACAGCAACCACCGUAGCGCCUGCUCAGUCACCUCUACCUGCGCAACACGAUGCGGUCGUCCACUAUGGCCAGCCUCUUGGCCAGCAAGCUCCCGAUGAGGUGUGGAGAUCCUCCUGGCAAGAUUGGAGUGCUGCGAUUGCUGAGAGUCAAGCGCGACUGAGCGCAAACGCGUUGCUGACCCUGGGUGGUGGCAAUGCAGGACGCAACCCAGUCAUAGCACCCGUCAUGACGGACAGCAGCAUGCCGCAUAACGGCAAUCAGGUAGCCAUGGUGCUGCAGCCAGCACAGUGGCCGUUGGUCAUGUUUGAACAACCACCCCAGGAAUGA